AUGAGUAAUUCUCGAUCACCAUUGAAGUGCAGCAAUUGGUCUUCCCUCAGUAUUCCUCGACGACUUGCCAAACCCUCCUCGACUCCCACCUUGGUUGAGCCUAGUAGCUCUCCCACUGUUGCUAGCGCGUUUGCCCCUCAAGUUGAAGAGGGUAGCUCAGCAGCAACCAUGCAAAGAAAUAUUGUUUGUGGUCGUCAUAAGCGCUCCUUCCAGUGUGCCUUCAAGUUAUUUCAAGCCGGCGACCAUGACGAGGAUUGCAACAUACCGACGAAGAGAUUCAAGAUUUUACAAACAACUUGGAACUACACUCCUACGUCCAAUUCUGAUAGUUCAAACUACAUCAACCAGCGUAUGCUCGAGCUUUCCCGGAUCACUCGUCGAGCCAUUGCCGCAAGAAUGCGAUACCAACAUAUUCACUCUCACGAACUAGAUCUGAUAAAGUCCACUCUCGAAGACGAAACACAGGUGUCACAAAAGCAUAUGAAUAGCAUUGAUUUGCAAUUUGGCUCCCUUAGAAACAUGCUUCACGACGGAGGAGUGACAGUGAUAGGAAACAAGUGA